UGGACGUGCGCGUGGUUCAAGCAGCGCUACCCCUGUUAAAACAGUGCAAAGGGUAUCAAAUAAGGUACGCCUUGAACGCGGAGUGCAUGGCCCGUUGUGACCCGUUGUACAGCCAUUGAAGUGACAGUGUAAGUCGGCCACCAUUCCCCUCGCUCCCUCGUCAGCUCUGGACUGACAGCAAUUGGGGAAACGGCAGCCAUGUCCGCGGAGGAUCGCUCUUCCUCCGCAGUACGCAGCCUUCGCUCCAUCUUCGAGACCAAAUCCGCCGAAGGGUCACCUGACACACGCGGACGGUCCAUAACCGUCUUCAGUGAUCAACAAAGCAGCAGGCCAACCUCCAGCAUACGAGCCAGCUUCGUUCCCGUGGAAGCACCCGCCAAGAUGGCCGACGAGGAAGGUGGGGAGAAGAAGGGCCUGCCCGAGGCGAAACGAGAGAGCAGUGCAGGCCUCCGACGGGGCAGCUUUAGCGAAUCGAACGACGGUGGGUCGUUGCUUGCGCUGAAGAAGACGGUGUCCAAGGAAGCGGAGCGCCGAGAGAAGGACUCCAACGUUGCGGAAGCCAUUCCGGAAAUCGCGGCCGAGUCAGCUGCUGUGACGCCAUUGAUGCCACCUCAGAGUAAGGACAAGGCGGACGAAACGAUAGAAGACAGCCCGCUGGCACAAAAGGUCGACAGGCAGCCUGCCAACCCGGACAAGCCUACCACGGCCGCCGAGGAGGAGCCGGUGGAAAUGAAGCCCGGUAUACCGACAGAUGAGGAUGCCGUAAGCGGUGGACAAGCUCUGCCACCAGUAGCUGAGAAUCUCAAGCCUGACGCCAUGGACGAGGAUAUCGUGGAGACACAGCCAAGCGCAGAAGGCACAAGUCACGAGGAGACCCCGGCUGCGAAGACAACGGGAAACGUAACACGGACGCCGAAGAAGGAGCAGAAAGCAGUUACGAAAGGUGGAAGCAUUGGGAAGCCGAAGUCCGUGUCGACCAAGGCACCCUCGAAAGCGGCGCCGAACUCGCCGAGGUCACCAAUAAGCCACCCGAAGACACCAAUCUCUGCUAAGGCACAUACCACGACAGAUAGGACCGUUUCGUCAAGUGAGCAACCGGCCAAGAAGUCCAGCCGCAGCUCUCUUACAAACCCAACAGCUGCGUCCGUUGCACGGGCUGCCGCCUCCUCUGACCGAUCAGUCUCCACAAGCAGCAAACCAUCACCGCAGUCGAAGUCGUCUAGACCGCGAGAAGGCACGAAGCCGGUAGAGCUACCCUCACGACUCACAGCUCCAACCGCGUCGUCCCGGGCGAGGCACGAAGCUGCCACCGUCCCACUAACAACGAACGGUAACAGACAUGCAUCCGCGUCCUCACGGAAUCCCAUGUCAGCCGCCACACGCUCAUCACGGCCCACCCCUCGCUCGUCAUUAGGCGCUCCCGGCCCGCGACCAGAGAGUCGAACGUCAGGGGCCGCGAACAAGAAGCCGCACGCGGACGGCAGCUUUCUGGAGCGCAUGAUGAGACCCACGGCCGCGUCGUCGAACAGGACGCACGAGAAGGUGGAGGUCAAAAGUCCGCCCAGACUGAACAGGAGCGCCUCCAUCGCCAAGCCCAGGAUGAACGGGCAUGUGAAGAAGCCGUCGGCAGCGGCUUCCAAGCUGAAAGGACUUGGGAAGUCGGAGACAGCUACUGUUCCCGAGAAGGGCGUGGUGGAAGGACAGGGUGCUGCUCCGAUCACGAAUGGCGUAUCACAUAAAGCCGAGCAAUCCCUUCACGCCGACCAGCAGACGCCGGUAGCGCAUACCAACGGCGUUGAUGGAGAGAUGGAAACAACUUCGGCGUUUGCGGGCGAGGACACGAUCCGCUAGGAGCUGAGCGUUCUCGAAUGCUACUGAGCACACUGUCUUCACUAGCCAGGCGCCGAGGGUUGCGCUUGGGCGGGAUAGGGCAGGGCAGGGCAGGGGUAGGUAUGCUUGGUAGAC